CAAAGGUCUCCUAAACAGCUGAUCCGAUUCGCAGCGCAACGAAAAACGAGCCAAUCAAAACAAAAAGAAAAAAUCUCAAAACAUUCCCAAACGCGAAUAGAAACACUCACGUUUUUAUAAGAUAUUAACGAAUUUAGGCUUCCGAAAAUACAUAAAACCGGACUUCAAAUAAGUGGGAACCAUGCAAUCGUCAAUCGAAGUGCAUGAAGGUAUAUUAGAGACCCUCGUUUGGCUGACCUGCUGAUGACUUGGUGAUCAAAGUGCACUCCGCUCUGCAUCAUUCGCCACGACUUCCGCAGCAAAUCCCAGUCGUUACACGAGAGAUAUUCACAGCCGUAAUGGCGGAGGAGAACGAGUUCCUGAACGCCUACGCCGGCAUUAAAGCAGCGUACAAAGCGGCCAUGACCCAGGUGGAGCUGGCCGUUGACCACGAGGAGCAGGAAUCCCAAGAACAGGCCAUACAGGCCUACGAACUCGCCCUGAAAAUGAUAGAAGACACCUUCCUAAUUCCAGUAGGCCUUCCCGACGAAAUUGAUGCCGUGCAGACCGAGUGGAACGACGCCUGUGUGCUGAUCCAAAAAUUAAAGAGUGCCAAAACGGAAGUCAGCUACCGACUGAAGGUUUUACGGUCCCAGAGCCAACCUGUCGACGAUACAGCCCAGGAGGCCACAGAGGGAAGUCGAUCUGAAGUGGAUGGUAACAGGCCAUUGCUGGCUGAGAACCCCUCCACGCACUAUGAUAUAUCCAAUGCUAGUGAAAGUCCCAAGACAUACAGGGAACUUGCUACCGGAUUGAGGGAGCUUCUGGCUGUUCCGGACUCGCAUGCCUUGCUGGAUGAGCUCUUCCGUGCCCAGGUCAAAAUGUACCGGAUUGAAGCCAAUGGAACCGUCACCUCCAUUAGUGGAUCGUCCACUAUGUCGCUGGUUAUGUGCACCGUGGGUGGUAAAUGGAAGUUCCUGAGUGGUAUUUACUUCAUUCAGUGCACCAUGCCUAACGAGGAGACUGGAAUGAUUUGGCUGUACCCUCUGGUUCCCUCGAUCACCAACUGUUAUCGCACAGAGUAUGGAGCCUUCAUCCUUCCCGAUAUGGAGUCCCAGCAGCCGGGGAAUGCGUUUGGCUUAAUGCUAACGAAGGAAGGGCAGCCUUCGUUGAGUUCGGAGGAAGAAUUGCAGGACUUGCAGCAGUUCUUUCUGGACUUGUUAGAGGCUGUACUCGCUGGUACGGUGGAGCAAUUGAAGUCGCCUACCUCACAACGUGCUGGCUUAGCUUCAGAUACUGUUUCCGGGUCGGAGCAGGUGUCCAGACACAUUGUGAGUGCGGCCGAUUUCAUUGCUCGUAAUAUGGUGAAGGGCGCCGAGAAGACAGGAGGUCUGAUGCUCAAAAGUACGCCGUACCUUAUUUCCAAAAUGACUCCAGCCUCGGCCGAUGCUCCCACUCAGGUCCCCAGCUCUGUACAGACUUCUGUGGAAGUGGCACAAAAAGUGACCCAUGCUGCGGCCGGGAUGACAGGAUGGAUAGCGGGAAAGGUAGGCUCUGCUUCAAUGGCAGUGGGUCGCUACCUGGCUCCUCACAUCCAGGAGCAGGGCUCUAAGUUACUACAGAAAGGAUUCGGUUACGACAGCAGCGAAGCGAAUAGCACCAUGGAAGGAGCCUUCACUAUCGCAGCUGGAGCUGUUGAAGGUGUCACCACCGUCUUCGAUGGCCUCGAGACGUCGGCUAAGAUCCUCGGGAGCAGCCUCAGCCAGAACUCGGUCAAGAUAAUUGAACACAAAUACGGCCAACCUGCAGGAAAUCUAGCCAGUGGAACCUUUGACACGGUGGGCAACGUUUUCGUGGUUAGCCAGAACGUGAACUACAUAACUCCAAAAGGCAUCGCCAAGAAAAUGGUCAAACGAACUGGAGAAGCUGUGGUGAGCGACUACAAAAGAGACUUACGCAAAUCGGAAUCUCAUUACAUAAAUGCGGGAGCUCUUUAUCCGGAUCUUCGGGCUUUGAAGGAAUGAGUGCCGCAUUACCAAAGAUAUUUAACAUACGAUGUAAUUUUUGAUAUUGAUACACUGAUAUGGAAUGUGAAGCUCUUUUAUUAAAAGUCCUCCAAACUUUUCUCAAUAUGCAAAACAAAACAA